GUUUCCGAAACUACUUCUUUACGUGGUUAAUGCUCGCUAGAGACGUCCGCUGGAGAGUUCGCUCAGUUUCUUUCCACGGAAAACACGACUUCCCGUGGGUCCAUCGUCGUACGCAUCGUCGCAUCAGGCGUAGUAAGAUUACUCGUCGUGCUUUCAACAGCUAAGUACAACCGGAUUGUGGAAGAUGAGUUCGAGUGCGUGUUACAAAUGUAACCGUAUGGGGCACUUUGCGCGUGAGUGCCCACAAGGCGGAGGUGGAGGCAGAGGAGAUCGUGGACGUGACAGGGAUGGUGGCUUUGGACGUGGUCGAGAGAAGUGCUUCAAAUGCAAUCAAUUUGGACACUUUGCACGUGAGUGCAAGGAAGAUCAAGACCUUUGCUAUCGUUGCAAUGGUGUGGGACACAUUGCAAAAGACUGUCAACAGGGACCGGAGUUGAGUUGUUACAAUUGCAACAAGACUGGUCAUAUGGCGCGUAGCUGUCCGGAAGGUGGCAACGAUUCUGGUCGUUUCGCCAUGCAAAGCUGCUACAAUUGCAACAAGACGGGCCACAUCGCUCGCAACUGCACCGAGGCCGGCGGCAAGACUUGCUACAUCUGCGGCAAGACCGGUCACAUAAGCCGUGAAUGCGAUCAGGAUGACAGGAAGUAGGAGACAACCGGAAUCCGUGCCGCUCGCUUAACGAUAACGAUAAGCCGUUUACCAUCGCGCACGCCACUACCGGGAAUUGUAGCUAGGUAGGGAUGAUGCGGACGUAUGUCUCGUUGACACGUACAAUUCGCAGAGGACGCGUGUUGCCGACGUCGUCGUCGUAAUCGUCGUCGUCGUCGUCGUCACCAUCGUCACCAUCAUCGUUGUGUCGUCGUCGUCGUCGUUCGGAUUGCUACCACAUGCUCCCAAUUCCCGGCCAUCUUCAACCGAAUCAUUAUUUUCCAAAUCUCCUUUCCCUCUCUGCCCACCGUUGUUCUCUUCGCAAGAAAUUUCUUUUCUUAAUAAUGUCUUUAAGUUUUUAUUGCUGUUACACCGACAUACAUUAACACAUAUACAUUGUAUUAUUAUGUGUGAAUGAGCGCAGGGUUUCAUCUCCUACGAAACGAACACAUUUAACAUUUACAUUAUUAACACAUGAAACUUGGUAACAUGAUACACACUUUCUACAUACACACCUAUAUGAUAAUAUUAUGAACAUUCGAUUGAAUUUAGAAUGUAGAGACCAUGAUUCCUCUGUCCCCUAACCUUCGAAUUGUCUCGUACGCGCAUUGUUUUCGAUGCAAGAUGUAUGGAUCCUCGGGAAGCUCUGAACACGUGGUCUCAAGAAUUAAACACGUGCUGGUGAAUAUUUAAGCAUAUAAUGCGCAACAUUUCAUCCUUUACGCGGUUUCCCUCGUAUUUGUUCGAACCAAGGAAAUUUUUAUGAAACGACUGAUAUGAUAAUGAUUACAUUACGAGGAAGGGAAAAAAGGAACGGCUUGACUCUGGUACUCGGGUAAAACAAAGAGGAACAUUAAAUUUUUUCUUUUUCUUUUUUUUCCUUUUUUUUACAGUGACACGGUUUACGAACAAGUAAUUAACAAGGCACGGACUCACGUCGCAAACAGUUUUCGCAUCCACGCAUCUUGUAUUCUCCGGUCCUCCCUCUCGAACUCUCUAGCCGACAACUCAUAAACCGACAAACGAAAGAAAAAAGAGAAAAAGAAAAUGAAUUUGGAAGCGAAAACGAGAAAUGAAAGAAGCGAAAACACAUGCCGGCCCUGAAUGCAUAAAAAUAAGAUUUAGUAACGCUAAUUUUUAAUGUGUAAGGAUGUAAUGAGGACCUCGCUAAUGAUCUGCUAUUAUAUGUAUGUUUACUUCUUUUUUUUUUUUAAUUUUUUUUUCUAUAUUUCACCAUUUUCUUCUAUAUACCGGACUCGUCUAGUUCCGUAUAUACAUCAGUACAUAUAUAUACGGAAGGAAGCGAUGUAUAGUUGUAGGAUUGUCAGUGUUUACGAGUUUAUAUACAGUUCUACCGAGUCUUUUACUCAUCCACCCCGACUUUCGAUAAAGUAGGGCGAAAGAGAGAGAGAGAGACGUGCGGUUUCUAUCGAGCCUCAAGGGAACGAAAGAACGCGACUUGCGAUUUAAUACCAAGUUCGAACACACAUCGCGAUAUGUACGUGUAUAUAUAAACAUAUAAACACGGUAGUCUGUACAAGUUGGUACAUUUUGUACGUACAAUUAUACAAUUGUUAAUAACGUAGACUCAUUGUUCAUACUUCUGACACUUCACUGUUGAUGAACAUGCGAAAGAGGAGCAUCAUGUUUCCCCAUCACAGAAACAGAGAAAGAGAGAGUGUACCAACCUUACUAUAUCCUUACAUGUUGCUGAAAAAUACUUCGUUACUAGGUAUAUGUAUAUAUAUAUAUGCGCAUGUGUGUAUACAUAUAUUUAUGCAUGUGUGCAGGAGGUAUUUUGUACUGUAAAAAGCUAGCUUAUACUCUGGUCGUUGCUGGUGAUUAAUUCCGACUAUAAACAAUUCUUCUUUGUAUUGCCAUGAGAAAAUAAUAUUUUGCAUGUAUAGAGGAGUACAUAUUGCUGAGGUCGAUA